AAUCGCCCCGACGGUGCCAGGCGUCUGGACGCCGUGCACGCCUUAUCGGCCUUAUCGCGGACGCGCGGACGGCGCGGCGGGGCUCUUAAGAAGCGCGUCCGGUGCCCCGUGGGUGGAUAUCACGGGCGGCGCGGCGGAGCGAGGUCGCACAAGCGGAUGGACCAGCGCGGAACGAUGUCGCGGGCCGAGCUGGACGAAACAGCUGUGGAGAAUUUCCGCGAGUACCUGCGGAUACCGUCGGUGCAGCCGGACAUCGAUUACGAUGAGUGCGUGGCGUUCCUGACCAGGCAAGCCCAGUCCCUUGACUUGCCGAUCAAAGUCUACCAUGUGUAUCCCAAGAAGCCGAUCGUGGUCUUAACAUGGAUGGGAACGCAACCGACGAAGCCGUCGAUCCUCUUGAACAGUCAUAUGGACGUUGUGCCUGUUUUCGAAGACAAAUGGACCUACCCGCCGUUCAGCGCUCACAUGGACGAGGAGGGCAACAUCUUCGCACGCGGCAGCCAAGACAUGAAGUGCGUGGGAAUACAGUACUUGGAGGCGAUUCGCCAACUCAAGCUGAACGGGCAACGCUGCCAGCGCACUAUCCACGUCUCUUUCGUCCCGGACGAGGAGAUCGGCGGUGUCCUCGGAAUGAAAGAGUUUGUGCACACCGCGGACUUCAAGGCCCUGAACGUCGGUUUUGCGCUGGACGAGGGAGUGGCCUGCCCUUUCGAGAACUAUUACUUGUUUAAUGGAGAAAGGUCGAUCUGGCACGUUGAAAUUAAGUGCGCGGGCAAUCCCGGCCACGGGUCGAUCAUGCUGGACAACACGGCCGGGGAAAAAUUGAGAGUCAUAAUCGACCGCUUCACGGACUUCAGGGCCUCCGAGAAAGCGAAACUCCCCAAAGAUCCGAGGAAAUUGGCGACCAGCCUCGGCGGAGUGACGUCCGUGAAUCUUACGAAAAUUUGGGGUGGUGUACAGACCAACGUUAUACCCACUGAGCUAAGCGCUAUGUUCGACAUUCGUCUAACACCUUCCGUUGAUCACGAGGAGUUUGAAGCCACCAUCAAACGCUGGUGCGAAGAAGCCGGUCCAGAUGUAACUUAUACCUUUGAAGAGAAAAAUCCCAAAAUUGAGAACACCAAGCUCGACGAUUCUAAUCCUUUCUGGAUCGCCUUUAAGAAAACCUGCGAUAAAAUUGGCGUCGACUUGGAAAUAGGCAUUUUCGCGGGAGGCACAGACAGCCGUUUUGUGCGAGAGGUCGGCAUUCCCGCUCUUUGCUUCUCACCGAUGAACAAGACAAUGAUACUUCUCCAUGAUCACGACGAAUAUCUGAACAAGGACGUAUUCCUGAAGGGAAUAGAGAUAUAUACCAAAAUAAUACCGAGCGUUGCGAAUGUUUAAGCGGACGCUUCGUAUGCUACGUAUGAGAUACCAAAAGUGCCAUAUUUAGAGCCAACUCGUUCUGCCAAUGCGAAACCUAUUAAUUUAGCGUUUGCUAUAUUCAAGAGGUCAUAAUUAACGUGCAAUAAUACGCUAAGUCGAUAAAUAUAUAUAUUUCUACGUUGCUUUUAUAUACUAAUGUUAUGGCUAUUUGAAAUGUUUAUUGUCGAGUGGAUUUGUUUGAAGACGUUUACUCCAGAGAAAUAAUACGAAGCGAAUGUCUGUGAAGAGACGACGAGCAUAAAACGAUCCAGAAGAUGAAUGCGAGUUUAGAAGGUAGAUGGAAUGUAGCGUACCCACGUUACAUCGAGCACCCGCUCGAAUAACGAUAUCAGGACGAUACGGAGGUGAUUGGAGAAUCAAUCACGCAAGAUUUUCACGAAGACUGCAGGAGAAGGAACGGUGCUAUAAACGGGACCAAAGCAAUCUGUUAGAAUUGGAGAAAUUCCUCGAGACUGUAGAGCUUCCAACGAAGCACACUCGCAUAUAUACUUGGAUAUAAAUCUAAUACUCGCGUGGAACAUAUCUGCGGAUGUUAUAUACAAGAGAAAAUAUUUUUACAAGGCUGAUGACGCGCGCAGAAUUGCGUAUCUUCGCGACGGAGAAACGACGGAGACCCAAGAUUGAAGGAUGGGAAACGGAGCCGCGAAGCAGUGCGCGCAAUGAAACCGCGGAAUAGACUGAAAUAAUGAAAAUGUUUUGUAAUACAUAUUUUAAGGAAGUAUCGUAGAGAGAUGUAUUGAAGUGGUGGCGAGUGUUACGAAUAAAGGAUACGGAGAAAAGAUAA